AUGGGGGAUCUAGCCGGGCGCAAGGUGUUCAAAGUCUUCAAUCAAGAUUUCAUUGUUGAUGACCGAUACACUGUCACAAAAGAGUUGGGUCAGGGCGCAUAUGGCAUUGUCUGCGCUGCUACCAAUGGUCAAACAGGAGAGGGGGUAGCUAUCAAGAAGGUCACCAAUGUGUUCAGCAAGAAGAUCCUUGCGAAGCGAGCUCUGCGCGAGAUCAAGCUCCUGCAACAUUUCCGCGGGCACAGAAAUAUUACUUGUCUCUAUGACAUGGAUAUUCCUCGCCCGGACAAUUUCAACGAGACAUAUCUGUACGAAGAGCUGAUGGAAUGCGAUCUCGCCGCCAUCAUUCGAUCAGGACAGCCAUUGACGGACGCCCAUUUUCAAUCGUUCAUCUACCAGAUUUUGUGCGGCCUGAAGUAUAUUCACUCGGCGAAUGUCUUGCACAGAGAUCUAAAACCUGGCAACCUUCUCGUCAAUGCCGACUGUGAGCUCAAGAUCUGCGAUUUUGGUCUGGCUAGAGGUUUCUCUCAGGAUCCUGAGGAAAAUGCCGGGUAUAUGACUGAGUAUGUCGCUACCCGCUGGUAUCGGGCUCCGGAGAUUAUGUUGAGCUUCCAGAGCUACACCAAAGCUAUCGAUGUGUGGUCCGUCGGGUGUAUCCUGGCCGAGCUACUAGGUGGCAGACCGUUCUUCAAGGGCCGCGACUACGUCGAUCAGCUGAACCAGAUCCUGCACUAUCUCGGCACUCCCAAUGAAGAGACUCUGUCGAGAAUCGGAUCGCCACGUGCACAGGAAUACGUCCGAAACCUGCCUUACAUGCCAAAGAUCCCUUUCCAGAGACUGUUCCCGCAGGCGAACCCUGAUGCGCUCGAUCUUCUAGAUCGCAUGCUGACUUUCGACCCUUCAUCCCGCAUCUCGGUGGAAGACGCCUUGGAACACAGGUACCUCCACAUCUGGCACGACGCUAGUGACGAACCUGCCUGUCCUAAGACCUUCGACUUCGCUUUUGAGGUGGUCGAGGAUGUGCAGGAAAUGCGGAAGAUGAUCUUGGACGAGGUCAUGAGGUUCCGUCACCACGUCCGCCACCAGACAACCCCGACUCCCACGGCCAAUAUGAACGUACCGAUUCCUGAGAACCCCAGUCAAUGGAGCCGCCAUGAAGACCCAAGGCCGCAAGAGGCAGACUCGUUCGCAGGCGCUAGCGAUCUUGAGCACGAGUUGCAGGCUGGAGCGGAUAUUCUCAUGAGACGAUAG